UAUUUACUGUUGUUAUUGAUCCUCGGCCGUUGCUAAGCUGCACGUUUCAGUUGCGCGACAACAAUGACGUCACUGUCAGCGGCCGGUGAGUGAGCGAGUAGUGUCCGAAAUGUUUUUCAAUUUUGCUGAGUGAGUGCACUAUAUAGUCCACUGCGUUGAACUCACUAUGUAGUGAAUAGGGAGUGGGGAAUGAGUGAGUGAUUUCGGACACAGCCCCAGUGUGCGCCCACUGAGCGGAACGAGUUCGGUACGCCGCGACGGACGGAGGGACUUUACGGGUGUGAAUGAUGUUGCAGAGGGUGGCGGUGAUCGGUGCCGGGGCGGCGGGACUCUGUGCAGCCAGACACAUCCAGUCCCGCCUGAACAUCUUUGCCCCCCCAGUGGUGUUUGAACUCACUGAGAACGUCGGAGGCACCUGGUGUUACGAUGAACGCGUCGGGACGUACGACAACGGACAUCCGAUACACAGCAGCAUGUACAGAAACCUCAGAACCAACCUGCCCAAAGAGGUGAUGAUGUUCCCUGAUUUCCCCUUCGAGUCUCAGCUGAGCAGCUUCCUGCCCCAUCAGGAGGUCCAGAGGUACCUGGAGAGGUACUGCGAGAGCCACAACAUCCGGCCUCACAUCAGGUUUAACACGGUGGUGGAGACCGUGAAGCCGGUUGUCGUGACAAUGGAGGACGAGGAGACAAGGACAACAUGGGAAGUGACAUCAUCUGACUCGUCAGGUUGUCAGAAAACGGAGACCUUCGACUCUGUGUUUGUCUGCUCGGGGCACUACUCCGACCCUAGCGUCCCAGACAUCCCAGGCAUAGAGAACUUUAAAGGAAAGGUGCUCCACAGUCACUCGUACAGGUAUCCAGAGCCGUUCUCAGGUCAGUCGGUGGUGGUUCUGGGAGCCAAAGCUUCAGGACUGGACAUUUCCAUUGAACUGGCAAAAGUUGGAGCCCAGGUGACUCUGAGUCACGGUCGUCCUCCUUUAACAGUUCCUCUUCUUCCUGGGAUACGACAGUCCAGUCCAGUGGUUGCAGUUGACAAGAGCGGCUGCAUUCACUUUCAGGACGGGUCAGUUAGCUCCGCUGACACCCUGAUGUUCUGCACCGGCUACAACUUCAGAUAUCCGUUCCUGGACUCGGCUCAGCUGGGUCUGGAGAUCCAGGACCAUGUGGUGUCUCCCCUUUAUCGCUUCCUGAUGCCCCCCGCCUUCCCCUCACUCUUCUUCAUCGGCAUCUGCAAAAUGAUCUGCCCCUUCCCCUACUUCAACUGUCAGAUCCAGUUUGCUCUGGCUGUCUUGGACGGCUCCGUCACUUUACCGCCUCAGGUCCAGAUGGAGGAGGAGGUCCGUCGAGAGCAACAGGAAAAGAUAGAGCACGGAGUCGAGCAGCGCCACCUGAUGUUAAUGGAGCAGGAACAGUGGGAGUACUGCCACACGCUGGCUGGCAUCGCAGGCUUCCCGCCUCUGCCUCCAACCAUCCGCAGCCUGUACGAGGAGGUGUGGAGACAACGACGGAUUCAUCCAGAAAACUACAGAAGACUGAACUACAGGCUGGUCAGCGACGCAGAGUGGGAGCUGAUCAAGUGACUGAUGGAGGCAGGGAUUAAAGUUCUCCGUUGCUACGACGGAUUUCCGUCAAUUUCAAAAUUGUAAUAAGUCGAGCAGAAUGUGGGUUAGUGACAAACGUGCAAACUGCUGUUUUUAAUGUCAGGCAUUUAUCUGAACCAUGUAACACAAGUGUAGUUUUGCGUCUGUUUGGCAUUUCAAUGUAGGCUACAGUCAGAACUUUUAUCUGCUACGUGAAAUCCGAUCUUAACAAGCUAUAGUUUACUUUUAAUGACUGUUUAUUAUAUGCCCUGGGAAUUCACAAGGUAUCCAGCUACAGUUAUGUAAAUAGGAUUAGCUCCAACUGUAGCAAUGACAACAAAAUGAGGAACACAUUAAUGCAAUAAAAAGAAUAUAUAAAUAAUAUUCUGUAAAAGGUACAUUUUUGCAAAGUAAUUAUUUUUCAUUUGUUACUCCAGACUAAAGUCUGAUACGUUUGUACAGUGCUUGUUUGAGGGUGUGUCUGUGUUGUUACUACUUUAGGUGGCUUAAGGUCAAGAACAGAGUAGGCUUCUUAUUUAGUAUCAAAACAAGGUCCUCAUUUUUCAUGAUCUAAUCUCAAAAUGCUCCAAAAAGCCUCAUUUGAAUGCUAGAAUAGCUAGAUUUUUCCUCUGGGGGAGAAUCCCCCCAGACCCCCCUAACUUGAAUUACUUUUCAGAGUCUCACUUCUUGUAUAGAACACCUGCUGCACCUGUUAAUUUAUAUAAGCAUAAAAUUCACCUGGCUGUAGGUCAAAUUUGUUAAAAAGAAGCAAGCUCAUAUCUGUCAGCAUAGAUCUUGAGCUUCCUUAGAUAGAAAACACCUAUUCAAAUUGUUUUUUUUACUUGUUUUAUAAGUUGAGAAUUUUCAGUCAAAAUGUGUUUUUCUGCUUUAAUCCCUGGAUGGAGGAACAGUGAUGAAACGUUACACAGCAGGUGUGCAAAAUCACAAACAAAGACACUCUAUGAACAGGAGACUCCAAACUAAGAGAAAUCAGUCCAACAGAAACUGCUGUCAUGAAGCUCCUCCAUCUUUCUCAAGUCUGGCACAAGUUUGAAUUCACCUCGAUGCUUAUUUUAUACAUUUUAAUUUUGUUAAAAAUCUUCGUUAAAGUCGCCUGUUCACUGCUGGUGUAAACACUCCUCAACAACA